AAUGAAUGGGGCGAUGGAUGUUGAGCCUGGCUCAUGAAAUGGAAUUGGUGGGCUUCUCGUGGAAGUGGCGGUUCGUCCUCCUUUUUGCUGUCUCGAGCUGUGCUAGUGCUUGCUACUGGUUUGUCUUGCCGUCGAGGAUCCAUUUCCAUUCCAGGAAGAGGUCUGACAGUGAGUGGCGGUGGGAGAGAUGAAGAAAAAUGGAGUGAGUUUAGAAGGGGAAAGGGUAAUUUUGGUGCCUUACAUGGAAGCACACGUACCCAAGUAUCACGAAUGGAUGAAAGACCCAGCUCUGCUUCAAGCCACAGGGUCCGAGCCCCUCACUCUUGAUCAAGAAUACCAGAUGCAACUAUCCUGGACCCAAGACCCAAAUAAGCAGACUUUCAUUGUAUUGGAUAAGGAAUUGGUCGAGGGAAAAUUCAUCCAUGGACAUCCUGGUGUUGAAGCCAUGGUUGGUGAUGUGAAUCUUUACAUGAAUGAUCUGGACGAUUCCCUUUUAGCAGAGAUUGAAAUAAUGAUAGCUGAACCCAAGAGCCGUGGUAAAGGUCUUGGGAAAGAGUCCGUUCUGAUGAUGAUGGGGUUUGCAGUCAAGAACCUCGGGAUCCAUAUUUUCCGAGCCAAAAUUGGAGAAUCAAAUGAAGGGUCUCUCAGUUUGUUCAAAAAAUUGGGCUUUGAAGAGACUUCUUAUAGUGAAAUCUUCAAGGAGGUAACUCUGGAGUUAGAAGUAACAAAGGCCAAGCAUGAGGAGCUGCUGGAUAUGUUUGGUAGAAUAGUAACUCAUGAUUAGUACCCACCCAAACUUCUCCUCCAUCUCUACAACUUCGUUUUCUAGCAUUUAGACUUGGGGAACUCUUGAUUGGUCCUCUGAUAUGACGUCCAAAUAGCUGAUACUUCAGCAAGAAGCAAUGGAAUAUAAUACACAAGAAGCCUUCUAUAAGAUAUCAUCAAAACUCUGACUUUCUUACUAUAUAUUUCUAAUGUCCUUUCCCUCACCUCAUCCAAACGUCAUACACUCAUCAUAUUAUUUA